UAAAUUUACUCAGGGGGACAUAAUAAGCGGUUACACAAAGAGCCUUUUACUCAAUCGUCAAUAGCAUUUUCUCCCAUAAACACCUUGUGCGGGAUUUCAUAAACAGGGAAACAGGGAAUAUACUCAUCAUGAAAUUGUUUUUAAGUUUGUGCUUAGUGGCAUUAGCCGCCACUGGUAUCUGUGCUGAUGAUAACAAAGGACCCAAAGUCACUGCAAAGGUCUUUUUUGACAUCACUAUUGGCAACGAACCGGCCGGCCGUAUUGAAAUUGGUUUGUUUGGCAAAACAGUGCCAAAAACUGUAGAAAACUUUAAACAAUUGGCUGAAAAACCCGCUGGAGAAGGCUAUGCUGGCAGCAAAUUCCAUCGUGUCAUCAAAGACUUUAUGAUUCAAGGUGGUGAUUUCACACGCGGUGAUGGCACUGGUGGCCGCUCCAUUUAUGGUGAACGUUUCGAAGAUGAGAACUUCAAGCUGAAGCAUUAUGGUGCCGGUUGGUUGUCCAUGGCCAAUGCUGGCAAGGAUACCAAUGGUUCACAGUUCUUCAUCACCACCAAACAAACUUCCUGGUUGGAUGGUCGUCAUGUGGUAUUUGGCAAGGUUUUGUCCGGCAUGGAUGUGGUGCGUAAAAUUGAAGCUUCCUCCACCGACGGACGUGAUCGUCCCGUCAAGGAUGUUGUAAUCGCUAGCAGCGGCUCAUUGCCCGUUGACGAACCUUUCUCUGUGGCCAAGGCUGAUGCUACUGAUUAAAUAUCUUCACUGCUGUUUGUCCAUUAGGAGAUAUUUAUUGUAAUAAGUUCCCUUAUACAUCUUAGUAUCUCUUUUUGUUUAAAAAAAGAAACAUUUUUUUUCUUCUUGUUCAUUGUCACAGAGAGCAUUAUUAACAUAUAUUGUAGAUUUAAAAUGAAAAAUGAAAGAAAAAAACCCAGAGAGAUAAAAGAAAAAUGUUUAUAUUAAGUUACAAAACAGAGAGAAAAAGUUUUAACAAAUUGUUGCAUUUAAUUCUCAUUAAAUUGUAGAAACCUAAAAACAAACAAAGGGUACUUCGCCCCCUCCAUACAGCUUUCCAUGGUGAGCUAAGCAUCAAGUGAUCUUUUGAAAAUCUAAAUAAAAAGAAAACUAAUAUAAAAGAAAA